AUGGCGAGCCAGAGGCACACGCCCGGUCCGGGCCAGGGUCUCACGUCCACAGCAAAGGGAGGCAACAACAAUGCCCUCUCAAUAUCGGAACACUCUAGAGCAGCUGGUAUUGGAGCAGAGACCAUCGACGACUUUCUCGAUCGACAACCACGAUCGGUCCUCAUCCGGCUGUACGAGAAGCCAGCAUCAUGUCUCGCCAUCUUCCGCCUGCUGCCCAUGAUGGCACGUCAACUCAUCAUGCACAUGCUCUUCCUCGACGUGCCACUUGCAGCAGAUGACUUCCUUGCUUGGAUCAAGAAGGAAGCCAAAAAGGACUUUGAUGGUGCUGUGGACAAGCUCUCGCGCUUGUCCAUCGUGCAGCUCAAGACGACCGGAGGCAAGCAGAUCCUCCUGCUCAAUGCCGUCUUCACAGAGGGGAUGCGUAGGGCGUUGACGGGCGGAGGAAAGCACAGAUCGUUCGGAGUACCUUGCGAUACGGAAGACAAGAAUGCCGUCGACGUGGCCUUCCUGGACCAAUACGCACGAACAAAGUGGGAGACCAUCUUGCACUACAUGGUCGGCAGCGACAACUCUAGCACACCACGAGAACCCGUCCUCUACCUGCUACGGAGAAGCAACCUCAUGCAGCCUAGAUCGAGCGCGAGCUCAGGCGGAGGACUCAACAUCACCAGUCGAGGAUUCCAGUUCUUGCUCGAGGACGUCAACACGCAACUAUGGGAUCUGCUCUUGCAGUACCUCGACAUGGCAGAGGAGCGCAACAUGGAUCUAGUCGAAGUGCUGGCCUUUCUCUUCAUGCUCGGAAGCUUGGAGCUGGGACGAGAUUACUCGACCGAGGAGCUGCCCGAAACGCAACUGCACAUGCUCGAAGACUUUCGCGAUUAUGGACUCGUCUACCAACGCAAAGCCUCCAGCCGACGCUUUUAUCCCACUCGUCUCGCCACCACUCUCACAUCAUCUGCUGCCAUUCCUCUGCUGUCGAGCAACGGAACAGAGCAGGAAGAGCGAGGCUACAUCAUCCUUGAGACCAACUACCGUCUCUACGCAUACACCUCGAAUCCACUCCGAGUCGCGGUGCUGUCCUUGUUCGUCACGAUCAAGGCGAGAUUCCCCAACCUCGUCGUCGGCUCCAUCACGCGUGAUUCGGUCAAGUCCGCACUAGCCAACGGCAUCACGGCGGAACAGAUCAUAACGUACCUCACGCAUCAUGCGCACGUCCAGAUGCACCGCAACGACCCGCUGCUCCCCGUCACAGUGUCGGAUCAGAUCAGGUUAUGGGAGCGAGAGAAGAACCGCGUUCAGCAGAAUCUGGGCUCGCUGUUUACCGACUUUACCAGUCAAUUUGACUUUGAGGAGGUGAGGAACUAUGCCAAGCAGCUGGGCGUGCUGGUGUGGGAGGACGAUAGCAAGCGCAGGUUCUUCGUCGACGAAGCGGGGAACGAGCCGGUGCGCGACUACAUUCGUCGUAGGAGGGCGUGA